GCCGCCCCAGCCCCCAAGAUCACCGUGGUGUUGGGGGAGGCAGGGAUGAAGGACAGCAGGCGAUGAUGGGUCAGCGGCAGACAUUGUGGAAGCAGUCCUCUGAGUCGUGGGGAGGACGCCACAACAGACUACACUAUCAAGGAGACUGUCUGCCAGGAUCUUAUUCAAUAGGUCAGUAUGCGAAGGACUCCCCUGCAGACCCGUGCCAGGCGGAUGAGGAGGGAAUGUUUAGGUCUGGGUCGGCCAUGAGCAGCUCCUGACGCCCCUACACGCCCUCACUUUUUUUAGUUUCUGCCCCCGGGGAGACGCGCCCCGAGGGAGGAUCCGCCCCAGGGAGGGAGAAUAUACCCCAGGGAAGGAGUGGCCGCCAUGAUGGAUGACAUGUUUCUGGAGGGCAAGAUGGAGGUGGGGGAGGAGGUGCGGCGGCAGUGCCAUGACCCUAUGCUGGCCCCCACGCCGGUGCUGCUGGCUCGACGCGAGGUUCCGGCGCGCCACCCCCAGGCCACCACCACGCAGCUGCAUCACAUCAGCGAGGAGAUGCUGGUUUACCGCAAGCACAACCUCCUCUCCUGCCAACUGCCCGGCUCACCCAAGUCCACGUUCCUUAUGGUAUUCAGCCCCGAUGGGUCAAAGGUCGCCUCCACCCACGGCGACCACAACAUCUACGUCAGCGAGGUCAACACAGGUCAGUGCAUCUGUACGCUGGAGGGACACCCGCGAACCCCGUGGUGUGUGGCCUUCCACCCCGCCUCCAACGAGAUAGUGGCCUCGGGCUGCCUCGGCGGGGAGGUGCGCGUGUGGGGCCUCAAGGGCGGCAGUGAGGUGUGGACGACAGAGAAGAGCACGGUGAUCGCCUCCCUCGCCUUCCACCCCACGGACAAGGUGCUGCUCAUCGCCACCUACAAUGAGAUAUACUUCUGGGAUUGGUUCCAGCCGCAGCCCUUCACCAAGAUAUGCACGGCUGAUGAGAAGGAGAAAGUCAGGUACGUCAAAUUCGACCCGCUCGGCCACAAGCUCAUCACGGGGAUCGCCAACAUGCCCCACGAGAGGCCCGGGUCGCCCUCCACCCACCACAUGCCCUCGCGCUCGGAGCUGGUGGAGCGCGAGCAGCGAUACAGCCAGCUCUCCAGCCAGUACCUCAGCCUCGUCUCACACCUGGAGGCCCUAACGAGCUCAUCCGCCGCCGCUGCUGCUGCGUCCGGCGGCUCCUCGUCUGCCGCCACAACCGCCGCGACGUCAUCCACAAGCACCACGUCAGCUUCCCGCACGAUCGACCGAGGCACAGACCCCAUAGAACUCGGGGCAGCGCGGCGCGGCAGAUGACCGAGGAACGCAGAGGUACCGGCGGAGGAGGCGGCGGCAGUGUUGGCAGCGGCGGGAAUGGUGGCGGCAGCAGCAGUCAGGGGCCGCAGGACUCCACCAACACAAGCGACCCACCCAGGCCAUCCUCAGCCUUAUGGGGCGGGGGCGGCCUCGGGGGGGACACGGACGGCGGGGGAGGGCGAGGAGCGGGUGGAGGAGUCAUCCAGCUUGGGGGCGGCUCGAUCGCUGCGCCAGAUGGUGAGUGACGACAGCGCCUCCUCCUCAAGCCUAGACUCGUCCUCCUCAGCGACCUCUGGGGCUAGCCGAGCCUCGGAACGCAACACCCGACUCUCGCUCCUGUGGACGUCUCGGCUCCAUCGUCUGGGGCAAGAUUCCGACGGGGUGGCGACCGAUGCGACUCCUAACCCAUGGGAGCCCCGACCUGACCCCGCCCCCAGGCCCCCAGGGUGAUGACGAACGUGGGGGUAAUGAAGAGGAGGCUAGUACUGGGGUGUCAACGUCCACCCCGUCGCCGCUGUCCGGGGCACGGGGCGAACGGUCAAGCCUCCAUUGGG